AUGUCUGCUCAAGAGAACGCCGACGACGUUCGCGUCCUCGGCCAAGACCCUCUCAUCCCACCCCAACUCCUCACCUCCGAACUCCCCGCGCCCGCCAACUCAAUACCCACCGUCCUUCGCGGCCGCAAAGAAGCAGUCGAAAUCAUCAAGCAACGCGAUGACCGUCUUCUCGUCAUGGUCGGCCCUUGCUCCCUCCACGACCCGGCCACGGCCGUCGAAUACUGCACCCGCCUCGUCUCCCUCGCCUCCCGCCUGCAGUCCGACCUCUGCAUCAUCAUGCGCGCCUACCUCGAGAAACCCCGCACGACCGUCGGCUGGAAAGGUCUGAUCAACGACCCGGACAUUGACGAGUCUUACCAGAUCAACAAGGGACUGAGGGUCAGCAGGAAGUUGUUCUGCGACUUGACGGAGCAGGGAAUGCCGAUUGCGAGUGAAAUGCUGGAUACCAUCUCACCGCAGUUCCUGGCGGAUUUGAUCUCGUUGGGAGCGAUUGGCGCGAGGACGACGGAGUCGCAAUUGCACCGCGAGUUGGCCUCGGGUCUGUCGUUCCCGAUGGGAUUCAAGAAUGGAACGGAUGGGAGCUUGACAGUUGCGGUCGAUGCGAUUGGUGCGGCGGCAGCGAAGCAUCAUUUCAUGGGUGUGACGAAGCAGGGACUUGCAGCGAUCACCAAGACGGCGGGUAAUCCUGAUUGCUUCGUGAUUCUGAGGGGUGGAACCAAGGGCACCAACUUUGAUCGCGAGAGCGUCAAGGCAACGAGGGAGGCGUUGAAGAAGAAGAGCUUGGGAGAGGUCAUGAUGAUUGAUUGUUCGCAUGGCAACUCUCAGAAAGACCACAAGAAUCAACCCAAAGUCGCGCAGGUCGUCGGCGACCAGAUCCGCGAGGGAGAGACUGGCAUCGUUGGUGUGAUGAUCGAGUCCAACAUCCACGAGGGGAACCAGAAAGUCCCCGCGACCGGCGGGCUGGCGGCUCUGAAGAAGGGUGUGUCGAUUACCGAUGCGUGCAUUGACUGGGAUACCACGGUGCAGGUGUUGGAGCAGUUGGCCGACGCCGUCAGGACGCGACGGGAGGUGAACAAGGGGAAGACAAAUGGAGUGCAGUAG